UGUGUCAGUGUGUGCCCUGCAAUGGACUGGCGACCUGUCCAGGGUGAACCUCACUUUCCCCAUUGCUUGAGGCUCCGGCUGCCCCGAUGACGAGGUUGGGAAAAUGGGUGGAUGGACAAUGUAUUCCAUAUUUGGAUCCGCUGUCACUCGGACUGGCGCCACACCUGCUUGUCCAAAGUUCUGUGAAUGAAGCCUGUUGAGCUCAGGGUUGUUUCAGAUCACUCAGGCUUUGGUUUUCCUCCACUGAAACGUGGCUCCUGUUUCCUGCGGUACUUCAGGACUUCGACGGAGAAACUGGGACACUGUAAACCAGUCGCACGACUGCCCUGAGAAUGAAUACUAAAGGUCAGCUUUCAGAUGCAGUCUAUGCCUACAGUCUCUCCCAGGCCCUGACAAAAGUGGCUCCCCCUGCGACUAUAGGCCUGUACUCGUCCUGUCGAACCCGCCUCCGCCUGCUCAGGAGAAGUAUUGAAACUCACGUGAACAAAGAAGCCAAGAAGAGAGAGCAGGACUAUAGGGCACAACCCCCACCGAGAUCGCAUCAGCCCUCCAUCCAAAGUCUGCUGAAUGUUUUGGUGAAGAUGAUUUUCUAUUGGCCUGUGUGGACCACGGCGCACCAGCAGAGGAAGAAUGUCCGUUAUAUCUUUGUGGAGUUCAGCGCCUGGCACUUUGCAGGGAGUGACCUGCUGUGGGCAGGGCUGGCAAUCAGACUCUGUGAAGCUUUCCAGAAGAGCUUUGGGAGGCUGGUCCUCAGUGUGUAUCGUGUAGCUCAACACACAGAAAAUGUAAAAAGGAAGGUCAUCCAGGAGAGUGUGGGAGAGUGGAGAGCUAAAAGGGUCUGCUGCGUUCCUCUCUGGUUGGUUUGCCUUGCUGUGCUCUCUGGGGUCAUCGCGUUACUUGGUCUCAUGUUAGUGGUCGGGUUGCCCGCUGGGAAACCAGGGGAAGAUGGUAUUGCCGUGGUAGAGUCUCUCGCCAUCGCCACACUGGGGCUCCCAGCCGCAGGCGCCAUCCGCUUCACCAUUCUGCUGGGGAAGAACCUCAUGUUUAACCAGGACAUCAACAUCAGGAAGGCGAUGGACAGCUCCAAAAUGAGCAGCCAGCUGGGCUUCAUGAACGAAGUGAAGAAGGAGAUGGAGGUCCUCUCCAGCUUCAUCCGUUUCAUGGAAGUCUAUGAGAGGAGGAAGAUCCGCGUGGUCCUGCAGAUCACCAACCUGGAGCGGUGCACUCCGGAGAAAAUCGUGGGGGUCUUAGACGCCCUAAACAUCUUACUUUCCGAUGAGGAAAGCCCAUUCAUUUCCCUGCUGGCUGUCAAUCCUCGGAUCAUUGUGAAGUGUGUGGAAAGUGCUGGCUGCUAUCACAGCUCGGAGGACAAUGGCUACGCGUUCCUAAAUCGCAUUGUGACUUUGCCCUUCACCGUACCUGAACUCUGCGACACUUCCAAACUGAACGUUUUUAAAAAUCUCGUCAGGGGCCAGUCAGACAACCCGGAAGAUUGCAUUCCGGAUGAGAAUGAAAGAAUGGAAAUUAGUAUAGCAGAAACUCCAUGCCCCAAGGAUGACUCGUCUGUAGAAAGUGGCUCGCAAAAUGAACUCCAGAAUCUUUUGAGCAGUAGCACUUCGCAAUGUGACAAAUACCACAUUGAUGCUGACAGGUUGGAGAUGAUUGAAAGUGUAUUUGAGAAAGCUAUGAAUGCCAUCUGCAAUAAGAGAAGCCUUUGUGAAUGCAUCGGGGAUAAUAGCAUAAGCAUGAGGAGAAUAAUCAACUCCGUUAGGGUGUCGGCCACCAUUAUGGUGGCAGUAGAAGCCGAGCUGUCUUCUCCAGACACCAUUGCAGCCUGGGUGGUCCUGGCAAACCAGUGGCCUUGUCGCCUGAGCUGGAUCUUGCAGUGCGUGGAGGAUGACGAGCAGAGAGCAGAGAUCGACCAGGGCGGGGGCAUCGACGACGGCAAGACGCUGUGGGAGGUCUUCAGCGAGUCACGGAUCGAGCUGCACAUGAUCCGAAAGGAGAUCGCCAGCCUCCUGGAGCAGGACGGAGACCCCGAGCUGUUUGAGAGGUUUCUCAAGGUCGACUUCCCCCUCACCAUCAGGGUCGCUAACAAGUUCAGGUGUUUCACCGUCAACCUCGACCAAUCCAUCAGGAAGGAGCUGGCCAUCUAUCGAGGGAGCGCCAGCCUGAAGGAUACCAUGAAGAAGACGGGCCACGCCCCUCUGCCACUGAGAUCGGUGCUGAAGAUGGACAUGGACGAUGUGUGCAAAGAGAUAAGAAAACUAAACCUCCAUGAUUCCUAUGCUGAGACCAUCAAGCAGAAUAAGUUGGACGGCGAGGCGCUGAUCUACAGCAACAAUAGCGAGAUCAAGGAAGUGUUGCGUAUGUCUCUGGGAGAGUGGACUGUUUUCAGCAUUCACUUCUUGGGUGUGAAACCACCGCCUGUGUCCGCAACUACCGACAGUGUCACACCGCUGGGCCAUCAACUGUCACGCCCUCUGCAGCCAGAGGGCGCUCCUUCUCUGUCCUGUCCCUAGUUUCCGGUCUGCUGUC